UAGGAGGAUUGAUGUCAAAACAAGAAUAGCCCAACCUCGCCCUGCGUGGGCCUGAUUGGCUCAGGUCCCGCCGCCCUGAGUCCUAAGAUCAUGUGACUCCGGUAGCAAACAGCCGAUGCCAACCGAAUUGGUCAUCAAGUCCUGUCCCGACUCACUCUCACCUCGUCUUCCCUGGUUGGUUGGCCCGUCAUGUUCGUUGUGAUGCGGAAGAGCGUACUGAUUGGCGGUUGACCGUAGCCCUUGGAUUUCAGCUUUCCAGACCUGCCCACGCCUCUUGAUCCAUCUCGCCGUGACUCGGCCCGAGCCUGUAAAGAGACGACAAAUCCUUGGCGAUCUGCCGACUUCGGCCUCAGCAUUGGGUGUUGUAUGUAGCGUUUGCCGGGUACCCGAAAAAACAACUUCCUGUCUCUUUUUCUCCCCUCGAACCCACAAGCAACUGCCCUUGGACGACGACAGCUUCAACUCAAUCCGGCAAACCCCGCAAAGAUCGCCAACAUGGGCACCCACUUGGUCUCGGCGGACGCCGUGAACAAGCUGCAAGACUUGUCGGGCAUCGCCAUCCUGCCCGGGCAGAACCCGUACAAUGCCUUAAUCACGGCCUGCAAUGACAGCUCUACGGAGAUCCAGGCCCUGUACCAUGCCCACAGGGUAAAGAGGAAUGAGCAGCAGAAGCAAAAGUUCAUGGCCCCCGGCUUCGAGAAGCUCGUCAUAGAUCGCAUCCUCCUGAGGCUGGAGAACCCCGAGCUGGAGCCGGGCUUCCGGGACCCCCGCAACUGCUUCGUCAUCUGGGCCCGUCCGCCCGAACACAUCGUGAGGCUCGCGGCCCACGUACAGGCCCUCCUCAAGAAGGCUGCCCCGAGCGUCUGGCUCAUGCCCCAGCACCGCAUGCACCUCACUGCCCUCGAGGCGACCCACUCCAAGACCCCCGAGGAGAUCAUCGCCUUCACCGACGCCAUACGCCCCGUGAUCCCCUACAUCACCGACUACACCUACUCCCAUCGCGCGCGCCUUGUGAAACCCAUGGUCUCGUACGACCUCUCCGCCUUCGCCCUCUCCUUCCUCACGGCCGCGGGCGAGCCGCCCCUGGGACCCCCUCCCGCGGCCACCGCGGCGCAGAAGGCCGUCGUCGAGGGCGACGGCUACACGUACCACCACCUCCGUCGGGACAUCUUCGACCUGGCGCGGUCGACGGGCGUGUCGAUCGAGUCCCGCUACCAGGUGCCGAGCGCGCACAUCACGCUGGGACGGUACAUCACCGAGGAGGACCACGCAACGCCCGAGGCGCGGGCCCGGUGGGUCGCGACCAUCGACGCGGUGAACGCGUGGCUCGAGGGCGAGGUUUGGGACCUCGAGGACGGGGAAUGGGUCGGCGAGUGGGUUGUCGGUCAAGAGAAGGGGCUGGAAGCGCGGAAUGGGCAGCUGUGGUACGGAGGGGGGCGAACGAUCAGGGCCGGGGAGGGUUUCUGAGACGGAGAUCUCGGGGCUGGCAGACUGGAAUGGGCACGUUGCGGACAGCGCGCCAUCCCGAACCAAGAUUUAGAAAACGAACGGCAUGGCAACCGGCAAGCGGGAUUGGCUGACGAUUUUGACGCACACCGAACACGCACAUAGAGACGACGGGUAGACUGAACCAAUGA